AUGGGAAGUUGUUGUAGAUCAAAGUUAAAUGAUGAUUCUUAUAUUGAUGAAUCUUAUAAUAGAAGAAUAAAAUUACCUAAUAUUAUAAUAAUACCACAAGAUUCCGCUUUAAUUUAUCUCGAUAUGAUAUUAAGUCCAUCAUCUAUUCGAUUGAGAAAUAGUUUAAAAGAAAAAUUUCCUAAUCUUAUUACACGUGAAAGUGAAAAACGAAUAUUUAAUGAUAUGGAAAUGAUUAAUAAACGUAAAUAUUAUAUUAUUAUUAUUGGAAAUAUUCAUUAUGAAACAUUAAGAUUAAUGAUAAAAAAUUAUAAAAUCAAAGGAAUUUAUUUUUAUUGGAAUCAAUCUAAUCUCAAUCAUUAUUUUAAUUCAAUUAAAAUUAAAGGAGUUUUUCAUAAACAGAUUGAACUUAAAAAAGCUAUUUAUUAUGAUGUACGUUUUGAUAAAUUUUAUUCAACGAAUGUUUAA